AUGCAACUCGAUCACGAGGGCCGUGAUCAAGUCAUCUACUACCAGUCGCGUCAGCUGAAGCCAGCUGAGCGGAACUACCCGGUGCAUGACAAGGAACUCCUUGCCAUGAAGUAUGCACUCGCGAAGUUCCGAGUGUAUUUACUCGGCAACACGCCGUUCGUGUGUGUGAAGCCUGCGCCUCACUUGCGGGCUCCUCUGCAACCACUGCCGACUCCGUCGGAGUGUUGGGAGUCAGUUUCGAUGGACUUCGUGUUUGGUCUUCCGCGCGAUUCCAGGCGGAAGACUGGAAUUGUGGUCUUUGUGGACCGCUUCAGCACGAUGGUGCAUCUUGCUGCUGUCGCAGCGGAGGUGACCUCCGUACAGACGGCACGUCUGUUCGUCGACAUGGUGUUCAAACACCAUGGCAUGCCCAAUGACGUUGUGGCUGACCGUGAUCCGCGCUUCACAGCGCGUUUCUGGCAAGAAGUGUUCACACAAGUGGGGGAGGAUCUACGGUUGCGUCCGAACAACCGCAGAAGACAGCUGAUACAGUCCUAUUAG